AUGCCUUUUGGUUUAGCAAGUUUGAAAGAGCAGGUGUUUAAACCUGGGAAGGAGGAAGUGAAGAACACGGUGGGGGACUCGAUGGGAAAGCUGCAAAGGAAAAUAGACGGUAGUAAUGUGGAAGAAGAAGACACCAUCGAGCUGACGGAGGACGGGCGUCCGGUGGCGUCAGCUCCACGUCCUGCCCCGCUGCUGGACUGCAGCUGCGGCGGCCUGCCCAAGCGGUACAUCAUCGCCAUCCUCAGCGGCCUGGGCUUCUGCAUCUCCUUCGGCAUUCGAUGCAACCUCGGUGUGGCCAUUGUGGAGAUGGUGAACAACAACACCGUCUACAUCAACGGGACUCCGGUGCUUCAGCAAGCUCAGUUUAACUGGGACCCAGAGACAGUGGGGCUGAUCCACGGCUCCUUCUUCUGGGGCUACAUCGUCACUCAGAUCCCCGGUGGUUUCAUCUCCAACAAGCUCUCUGCCAACAGGGUGUUUGGUGCUGCCAUCUUCCUGACGUCAGUGCUGAAUAUGUUCAUCCCAUCGGCGGCGAGGGUCCACUACGGCUGCGUUAUGUUUGUUCGCAUCCUGCAGGGCUUAGUGGAGGGCGUCACCUACCCAGCGUGUCACGGGAUGUGGUCCAAAUGGGCGCCGCCUCUGGAACGGAGUCGACUGGCCACCACGUCCUUCUGUGGAUCUUACGCAGGAGCAGUGAUCGCCAUGCCUUUAGCCGGAGUGCUCGUCCAGUACGUCGGCUGGUCGUCGGUCUUCUAUAUUUACGGUGUUUUCGGGAUCAUAUGGUACAUCCUGUGGCUCCUGCUGGCGUAUGGAAGUCCUGCUGAACAUCCCACCAUCACGGACGAGGAGAGGAUGUACAUCGAAACCACCAUCGGUGAAAACGUCAAACAACUGAGUGUGACUGAGAAAUUCAAGACUCCGUGGCGGCGCUUCUUCACCUCCAUGCCCGUCUAUGCCAUCAUCGUGGCCAACUUCUGCCGCAGCUGGACCUUCUACCUGCUUCUCAUCAGCCAGCCGGCGUACUUUGAGGAGGUGUUCGGCUUCCCCAUCAGCAAGGUGGGGAUCCUGUCUGCUGUCCCCCACAUGGUGAUGACAAUUGUAGUUCCUAUUGGAGGACAGCUUGCCGACUUUUUACGCAGCAACAAAAUCAUGUCAACCACAAAUGUGAGGAAACUCAUGAACUGUGGAGGGUUCGGCAUGGAGGCGACUCUGCUGCUGGUGGUCGGGUUUUCUCACACUCGAGGGGUGGCCAUUUCCUUCCUUGUGCUGGCUGUAGGCUUCAGUGGAUUCGCCAUCUCAGGUUUUAAUGUCAACCAUCUGGACAUCGCUCCUCGCUAUGCCAGCAUCCUGAUGGGAAUAUCUAACGGUGUGGGAACGCUGUCGGGAAUGGUGUGUCCCCUGAUUGUUGGAGCUUUGACUAAACACAAGACUCGUCUGGAGUGGCAGAAUGUCUUUGUUAUUGCGUCCAUGGUGCAUUACUCAGGGGUCAUCUUCUACGCUCUCUUCGCGUCGGGAGAGCAGCAGGACUGGGCCAACCCCGAGAGCACGAGCGAGGACAAAUGCGGCAUUAUUGAUGAGGACGAGCUGGCUGAGGAGUCGGAGCUCAACAACGAGAGCAUGGCGGCUCCCAAGAAGAGCUACGGAACGACGGACAAUUCAUCCGGCCGAAAACAGGGCUGGAAAAAGAAGAGAGGGGUGACCAUGCAAGAGGACGAGGAGCAUUGCGGGAAUGGGGACUACCAGGACCGGUACCAGUGA